ACCCCGCCGCCGCGCCGUAGGUCGGGCUGCACGCCGCCGGCUGCCAUGGCGGACGUGUCCGAGCGGACGCUGCAGCUGUCUGUGCUGGUGGCCUUCGCGUCCGGAGUGCUCGUGGGCUGGCAGGCGAACCGGCUGCGGAGGCGCUACCUGGACUGGAGGAAGCGGAGGCUGCAGGACAAGCUGGCGACGACUCAGAAAAAGCUGGACCUGGCUUGAGACCCCGCGCUGUCGGCCCCCGCCGGCCCGCGCGCCCACCUCGCCUGGUCCACGCGGGGGCUCCGGCCCGGCCUCGGCAUGAGCCGCGCUAGCCUCAUCCGCCUGCCGCGCCUUGAUCUUUUUGGAGUCGGUGAGCAUUUGUCGAAGAUGGAUAUAGAGCACUGGACAGAUCUAAUUUCUCCUUGCACUUUAUGAGUCAAUUUUAUUUUUAAAAUAAAAAAAAAUUUAAAUA